GAGCGGGACGAGCAGGUGAAACUGACUGGGCUAAGGUGUGGAGCCGAGGACCUGCACGGACAUCAUGACUCAGCGCUGGGCUGCGUGACCAUGGCCAGGGAGCUGAGCCAGGAAGAGGUGCUGGAUUUCUUGUGCCAGGGUGGAGGGAAGGUGCCCAAUGCCUCGCUGCUGGCUCACUUCAAGCUCUUCCUGAGGGACCCCCAGGCGCCCACCGAGCAGCUCCUCAAGCGCCGGGAGAGGUUUAAGCGCUACGUGAACUCCGUGGCGGUGGUGAAACCGGAGGGAGGCGUCAAGUAUGUGGUGCUCAGGAGCCGGUACCGCGAUCUGCUGGGAGAGGACUUGUCGCAACCAUCGGCUCCUGUAAAGAACGAGCAGGUUGUUCCCGCCUUGCCUCAUGGAGCUCAGGUACGUGAUGGCCUCCACAGGAAUGGACUUGGCCACCAAGGUGCACAAGCUGAUCACCAGGACCUGCAGGCUGUAGUGCUCAUCUCAGAUGUUGCUCAUGGGGCUGUUGAGAGGAACACUUGGGAUGCCACCUCCUAUAAGGACCCUUAUACCCAUGAUCAUGAAGUUAAAUGUCAGGAGACAUCUCAGUGGACUUUUCAGGCUCCUAACCCUGAUUCUACUUCAUCCUGCCUCACAUCAUCACCAGCCAGCAACACCUCUUCACCCCAAAAUAAUGUCUCUUCCCUGCACAGACGUCUAUCCAUGGAGUACAGUAAGUCCAGUCCAAUAUUUAUCAGUGCUUCACCACCUUCAGACAAGCAUCACCAACCCAUUAAUAACUACCUGCCCUCCUCUAAGAGCUGCUCACCUGCCAGCAGGAACUCGUCUUCCCAAAAUAACAGGUCUUCCCUACCCAGAAGUCCAUCCAGGGAAUACAGUAAGCAAAGUCCACCAGCCAUCAGAGCUUCACCACCUUUAGGCAAAUCCUACCAUCAGCAACCUAUUAAUACCUACCUGACCUCUUCCUUACCAGCCAGCAAGGACUCUUCACCUUCCAGCAAGAGCAACUCCUCUUCAAACCACCCAUACCACAACCAAUCUUCCUUGUCUUCCCCUGCAGGAAGCCUUGACAUUCCUGAGAUUCCCUCCCAGGUUCUUGUUGGACACUUUAAAGUUCCUCCUGUAGGACAGAAGAAAACCGAAUGUUCCAAUCCUGCUAUUGCAAAUGCAACCAUCAGGGACCAGGAGGUACAACAACAUGGAUAUUAUGCCUGUGCUGAGUUGCCCUUAUCACACUUCCACUUAAAUGGAAUUUUUCCUCCAAAAGAGCACAAAGACUAUUAUUCUGACCCUGUACAAGAUAAAGAACAAAUGCCUAGUUUUUAUAAAGAGCUUCCACCGUUACCACCUUCCUCCAGGUACAUAGAUUCACCACACCCAUCCCCCUCCCUACUGUUCCCACAUGAAUCAAGCAUCACUCCUCCAGAUGUUCAGCUGGAAGAUUAUCAUCCAGGCAGUCGCAGCCCAUCUCCCCCACUACCUCUCUAUGACAUACAUGAGAUGUGGAUGUCUAAAAUGCCAGUCUUUAAAAGCAUCAGAUGCCAGCUUUCUUUGCAGGAUAUGGAGGACUUUGUCGAUCAGGAAAGCUGUGGAAGUGAAGGGAGUGACAGUGGUGAAGGGGCUGACUGUGACACUGAGCACAAUAUUGAUGAGGACCCCUCCAGUGACUCAAAUAAUGACAAAUAUGUACAUUGCAUUGAAGAGAAGUGUGAGAACACUAGGAGAUGUCCACCUAGUAGGAAGUUCCUUAGCAUCACUGAGCAGUAUGACAAAUUAAAAAGUUCAGCCCCCCUCGAAAUGAUGGACACUGUAGCCAUAUGUGGAGUAGAAUCUGCUGGAUCUUCGCUAGCAACUACUGAAUACAGUAAGUCUCCAUAUGCCACAAAGUCUUUCCUCACUGACCAAGCUCCUGUCUUGUUUGCAUUGGCAAGGAACCCACCAAGGCAAAAGAUGAGUUCUCGUAUGCAGGAAGUAAUGUCGUCUUCAGAUGAUGAACUAAUUGAAAGGGAUUAUAAAAAGAGGAGGCGUCCAUCACGAUCUAAAAGACCAUCUAAUAUUGGGCUGGUGCCUCCACAGCCAGAUGUAGACUUGCUUCUAACAGUGAAGCCUGUGAGCUCCAAUCAUUUUAUUAUGUAUGAUAUUGGCGACCAAAAAUCUCUUCAUGUACAAUAUGAACCUAAAGUCAAUACAGAUUUUAGAAAGACUUUUAAUAGUAAAUCUUCCAUUGUUGUUCCCUUGGAUUCAACGGAGCACGACUGGUUUGUUAAAUCGGCUACUGGGUCUUGGCUUCAAGUGUAUGGAUUGUUCAUUGAGGACCCAAGUUUAGCAUUACGGAAAGACUUCAUCUCUGGCUUUACAGCUCUUCAUUGGUUUGCCAAACAUGGUGCUGCUGACAUGUUCCACAAGUUGGUAUCUGGUGCCAAAAAGGCUGGGAUUCAUCUGGACCUUAAUGUCAAAUCCAAUGGGGGAUAUACGCCUUUACACCUAGCUGCUAUCCAUGGGCAUCAUAAAGUAGCGUCCAUGUUAGUAGAAAAACUCAAUGUUAAUGUGAACUUAAGGGACAAUAGUGGUAAGAGGGCAUGGCAGUACCUGAGCUGCAACACUUCUGGAGAAGUUUGGCAGCUUUUAGGAGCACCUAAGGGGAAAACGAUAUUUGCAUCUCGUGCCUUAAAUAUUGCUAACAACGUAAACACACAAAACAAAUCCUCUCAGAUAAAUCGUAAGACUUCCUUAGCAGCUUUCCUGAAGCCACAGCAUCAGAAAUGGAAAGCAAACAACCACCCUGCUUUGAGGGAAAGAGAAAUCUACAGUGACUAAGACAGAAAUCACCGAUUAAGUUAUACUGCUGACAUUACAAGAUGUUACAUGAUUAAUAAGGUUGUCCUUCUUUGCUGAGAAUUGGAAACCCCCAACCUGUGUUACUCCAGUGAUUGUGAACCUACAACUUUAAGCUGGAGAGCCACACGUUGGAGACCACUGCCAUAGACAUUACAUGCAGCUGUAAGAUCUACCAAAGACAUUAGAUGUUUAGCAAGUCUUACUAAAUUAGCUGGAUCUGCAGAGACACUUGAGAUGUCAAUGACCACCUAUAGGUCGUUAUGAAUUCGGACAGUGGAUGUUUCAUCUGUGUGUAGAGGAUAGGUUCAUUCAUUAACAGGUUUUAAUUAAAGGGCUAUUCUGACCAUAGCUAUUAAUGGUAUAUCCCACCUCUGGGUUCUACUGGACCUCAUUCAGGAAUCCUGUGGCAACUGAUGGUAAAGGGGAUAUCAUGCUGAGCAUUUGCUUUCUUCAUUGCAGGAACUAGUGCACAACUGUUUCCAUGAAUCCCAUAGACUACAAUGGAGAGAGCACUGCACAUGGUAUCUCCUUGUACCGACCUACCCAUCACUCAUUUAUGACAUAGCCCAUGCAGUAAUUGUAUGGUUGGGAUACCCCUUUAAUCAGAGUCUCUUAUUAAGUAAUGAGGGGAACACUGAGCUCCUGUAAUGCUCAGAUUUUUAUUUAUUUUGUAUUUUUUUUAUUCACAUCCUGAAGGUACAGUCCCGUGUAGCGGUGGCAGCUUGCUGGACAACCUCUUUAAUGACCAUGUGAUUUUGUAGAUAAAACUGGUGUCCAUCUAUUUAAAAACUUUGCAGACUCCAUGCAGGCAUGGUUUUUGGUCACAUGAAGUCACGCUGCAUGUUUCCUUACCCUGAGAGCUGGUCUCGGCAUUGUAACAGAUGGUGGAACACCUUUUGUUCCCAUUGUCCUACAUGGCUAAGGCACAGGCAUAGAGACCAAUGUCCAGUGCCGGUCAUUAUGGCAGUGUUCUUCUUUAAGGCCUCUUGCACACGAACGUUGUGUGCCCGUGGCCGUAUUGCGGCCCGCAUACGGGGGUCCUCAAUGCACUGCGCAUCACGGAUCUGGACCCAUUCACUUAAAUAAGUCCGC